AUGAGUAAAAAUAAGAAAAAUAAGCCAUUGAGUGAAAAAGAACUGUAUGAGUUGAUAGAGGCUGGACUUUCUGAUGUGGAAGAGUUCUGUGAUGAAGAGACUGAUGAGAUAUUGACGUUCGAAGAUCUCCAGAGAGACGACGGAAUUAUCGGUAAUGAUAAUGAUACUAACAGUCAAGUAAAUGAUUUGGAGAUAGAAUUUUCUGAAAGUGUCACUUCGCAAAGCUCAGCAUCCCAUGUUGUCAACAACGAUUAUACUACUUCUCAAGAUCUAAAAAAGUUGCAAGAUAAAAAUACCCUAUCGUCAAAAAUAUCAUCAGAUUCGUCAUCGGAUUCAUCGUCAGAUUCUGAGUCAUCUUCAUGCCUUGAUUCCAGAUCCCGUUCGUCCGAAGUUUCCAGAAAUGAUCCUUUUUCUGAAGAUGAUAGCGUUAAAGAUCCUAAUUUUGAUCCGUCACUUGAUAUUAGCUCUUCGGAACAUGAAGAAGACAAGCUACAGUUACCUAAAUCUAAAAAAAAAAAGUAG